AACAGCAGCUUGUUAUCGAGGUUUGGCAACAGAUGUAGUAAUAAUGGUGGAUAUAUCCCAACACAGCCAAUCAGAAAGCAUCAAUUUAAACAAAUUUUUAAAUGAAGUCAUAUCUGGUCUAGAGAUCAGUGAAAAUUGUGUUCAUGUGGGAAUAACAGUGUUUGACAGCAGUGCUAGAGUAAUAGCAACUUUGGAUACAGGGGACGACAAAACUAUUGUGGAACAGCUACUUGGAAAAAUUAAACCUUCAAAAGAAAAGAUUUCAAAUAUUGGAGGAGCUAUUAAUUUUACAAGAACCGAUGUGUUUGGUGGAAAACUGUCCAGUAGGAAGAGUCAGGGAACACCAAAGAUAGCCAUCCUGGUAACUCACAGAUCCUCUGCAGACAAUAUUUCAGAGGCAGCGAAGUUACUUCACAGAGAAAAUGUCAACAUUUUCACCGUGGGAAUUGCCCAAGCCAAUGAGACACAAAUGUACCAAGCUGCGUCCUACCCAAUUGAUCGCUAUUACAUCAAGGUGAAGACAUUUGCUGACCUUUCAUCACAAGCUGAUAUUUUAGUGAAGAAGAUUUUAAAUCAAUAUUACCAUUUGUUUGUUGUUCACAAUUUUAAUAGUAAUAUUGAUGUCUCUGCAGGAUGUUUAAACACCGAUUUAGCUGACAUCUACCUACUUAUUGAUGGCUCAGGAAGUAUUCAACGUAAAGACUUUAUAGACAUUAAAACAUUUUUGGAAAAACUGGUGGAUAUGUUUGAUAUAGGUCCUGAGAAGGUACGUGUUGCAGCGGUACAAUAUUCUCAAGCGCAACAAGUGGAGAUUGAAUUUGGUCAAAAAUAUGAUAAGGACAGCUUAAAGCAAGCCCUGCAAAACAUCAGACAGCUAGGAGGAGGAACCGACACCGGAGCAGCUUUAAAUUUCACUCGCCAAAUAAUAGUGGACCCGAAGAAUGUCAGGACCAAAGGUGUGCCCAUCCAUCUAAUAGUCUUGACAGAUGGUGCAUCACAGGACAGUGUGAAGGAAGCUGCUGAGAUCAUCAGAGGAGACAAAGUCAAUGUGUACGCUAUUGGUGUUAAAGAAGCUAACAAGACUCAACUGGAAGAGAUCGCUGGAGAUUCUAAGAGAGUCCAUUAUGUACAGAAUUUUGACUUUUUGAAAGACUUAAAAAAUGAGUUAGCCCAACAAAUUUGCUCUGCUGAAGUUUGUCAUAACGUGGCAGCAGAUGUAAUGUUUCUCGUGGACAGCUCUGGAAGUAUAGGAAAAGAGGAUUUCAACAAAAUGAAGACAUUUAUGAAAACUCUGGUGAACAGGACAGACGUUGGAGCCGAUAAAGUACAGUUUGGAAUAGUUCAGUUUAGUGAUACCACUAUGGAGGUGCUACAGCUAAACAAGAAUGGAACCAAAGAUAGUAUUUGGAGUGCUAUAGAUAACAUGAUUUACAUGGCCAAAACUACAUACACUGGUAAAGCCUUAAAAUUUGUCGCUGAAUACUUCAAAGAGGAUAAAGGAGCUAGGCCAAGAGUGAAAAAAAUCCUGAUAUUAAUCACAGACGGACAGGCAGAUGAUGGGGUGAAAACACCGGCAGAGUCUCUGAGGAACAGUAGUGUGGUCAUCUUCUCUGUAGGUGUUUUCAAUGCAGUUAAAUCUCAGCUGAUUGAGAUAAGUGGAACGGAGAAAUUUGUUCGUUAUUUGGAGUCGUUUGACACAUUGCAGACAGUAGAAGAGGACCUUGUAUUUGGAAUCUGCACUUCUGUAGAAGACUGUGACAGAGUACAGUUAGCAGACAUUGUGUUUGUGAUGGAUUCCUCUGGGAGCAUAAGUGACGAUCAGUUUAAAACAAUGAAAAACUUUAUCAUAGCUAUAAUCAAUAAAUCAGAAGUUGGUCCAAAUAAUGUUCAGUUCGGGGCUCUCAAGUACUCAGAUGAUUCACACACGAUUUUCUAUCUAAAUGAACACAGCAGCAAACAGAAAAUAUUAAAAGCUAUUGAAGAUACACCCAGAGUCGGACUCGACACAUAUACUGCCGAGGCCCUGGGCUAUGCUAAGAGUUUUUUCACAGAGAAACAUGGCAGUCGCAAGCAUUUAGGUGUCGAUCAAAUUCUAAUAAUUAUAACAGAUGGUGAAUCUCAUGAUCGCACUGAGCUGAACAAAACAUCUAAAGCCCUUCAAGAUGCUGGCAUCAUCAUAUACGCUAUUGGAGUUGACAAGGCAAAAACCGACGAACUUGUGACAAUGGCAGGAACAAAUGGAAAAUGGUUCUUUGUUGAAAAUUUUGAUGGACUAAAUCACCUCCUUACAAACAUUUCUGGUGAUGUCUGCAAUAAAACAGGUUGGUUAUGUUUAGUGGGAGAGGCAGAUUUAACAUUCCUGAUCGAUGGAUCUUCAAGCAUUUCAACAACAGAUUUCAACGAAAUUAAAAAAUUCAUGAUCUCCAUUGUUGAUGAUUUUGACGUUGGACCUAACAAAGUUCAUGUGGGAGUUGCACAGUAUAGUCAUUUGUUCAAAGUAGAGUUUAACCUUGCGACUCAUAGGGAUAAAAGGGCUUUAAAGGAUGAUAUUGAAAAAAUUUCUAAACUAGAGGGCAAUACUUAUAUGGGAAAUGCCCUCACUCAAACAGACUCUACACUUUUAAGCCUAUCUGGUAAAAGUCGUAUGAAUGCAGGUAUCCGUCAAGUUCUUCUGGUGAUAACUGAUGGAGUUUCACAUGAUAAGGUAGCAAUUCCAGCACAAACUCUGAGAGGAAAAGGUGUCGAUAUAUAUGCUAUAGGAAUAGGAAGUGUCGAUGAUACUCAGCUUGUUCAGAUUGCUGGCUCAAGAGAAAAAAGAUUCUUGGUUUCCAAUUUUAAUGGUCUGAAAGAUGUCAAAAAGAGAAUUGUGAGAGAUGCCUGCACACAGCCAGCAGCUAACAAUUGUUCAGUUGAUGUUGUGGUGGCUUUUGACAUUUCCGUCUAUCCAAAUGGUGCUAAAUUAUUCCAUGGUCAAAGUCAUUUGGAAGCCCAACUUGAUAAAAUCCUACACAGCAUGAUGGAUAUGAAAGCGGUCACAUGUACCCGUGGUUUAAAGCCUCAAAUCAGUGUAGCUUUUCAUGUGCCAAAUGCUGAGACACCAGUUUCACCUCUCUUUCAAAUCUACAGCCAAAAUAUUGCUCAGAACUUGAGGAAAACCAAUGUUACAGGCCCUUCAUAUCUCAAAUCACCCCUAAUAAAUUCUAUGUGGAAGAUGUUUCAAAAUAAAGAUACAGGAAAAGCCAAAAUGCUGCUUGUCUUUACUGAUGGCUUAGAUGAUAAUGUGGAAGAUCUUGAGGAGACAGUAGAGGACUUAAGAAAGAAAGGGCUAAGUGGAUUGGUUGCUGUUGCACUUGAAGGAGCAAAGUAUUAUGAUGACAUUAAACACAUAGAAUUUGGCAGGGGCUUUGAAUACAACUAUCAAAUGUAUAUUGGAAUGCCAGAUAUUGGUGCUAGACUGUCCAAACAAAUGUCCCAUGUUGCUGAGAAGACAUGUUGCUGUGUGUUUUGUAAGUGCGUUGGAGAAAGGGGUAGUCCUGGAACAUAUGGAUCACGUGGAAAACCGGGGUCACCUGGGAAACAAGGAGUCCAAGGACAUUCUGGGGAAGAGGGCGAUGAUGGUGAAAGAGGAACCCCUGGUCCUAUAGGUGAACCUGGUGAAAAAGGAUGCGCAGGAACCAGAGGUCUUAAGGGAAACAGAGGACUGCCAGGAGAAAAGAAUGAAGAAGGAGAGACUGGUCUUGAUGGAAUCCCUGGAGAGCAGGGAAUCUCUGGACGACCAGGAAGCAAAGGAGAGAAGGGUGAAGGAGGAGAAGCGGGAAGUCCUGGGACAAAAGGACCUCCAGGACAUAAAGGAGACCAAGGUUUCAGAGGUUACUUGGGAGAGCCUGGUACUCCAGACACCAUUCCUGGACUUAAAGGAUAUAAAGGAGAUCCUGGAAUUGAGGGAGAACCUGGACAACCAGGAAUUCGUGGGCAGCCUGGAGUUAGAGGAGCUGGAAAUCUUCCUGGUAGACGAGGAUCUACAGGACUUCCGGGAGUAAAAGGUGACCCUGGCCUGCCAGGUUUUAUGGGUGAUCAAGGUACCAAAGGACCGCAGGCCUAUAUCAACGUAGUGGUUCUGUUGGUGGUGGCAACUUACCAGCAACAGGACCCUGUCCAUCCACCUGAUCAGUUCCACACCCUAGCUGAAAGUAUGGCUCUUGCCUCGUCUACUUUGCAGAAUCGAAGCAGAAGGGAUCCCAAUCAUUGUGAUGGCUCCAGCAUGGCCUUGCAGGCCUUGGGAGCUGCAGGAAGUAAAGGUACUGAAGGUGAAAAAGGAGGACAAGGACCUAACGGACUUCUGGGUGCUUUUGGUGCUAAAGGUGGCAAAGGAAGUCCUGGGAAUACUGGAACCACAGGGAAAAAGGGAGAAUCUGGUGAUCCUGGUGAAAAUGGAACCCCUGGACCAAGGGGACCAAGAGGGCCUGCGGGAGAAGAUGGAAAGCCUGGCUUCGGAAAAACUGCCCAAAAGGGAACAAAGGGAGAGCAGGGAUUUCCAGGAAACAGUGGCGUGAAGGGAGUACAGGGAGAUCCUGGAAAAGCUGGAGGGCAUGGACCAAAGGGAGCCCCGGGAAGAACAGUAACCUCAGCUAUUGGAAAACCUGGAGAUCCAGGACAAUCAGGACCCCCUGGGCGAAGGGGAAGAAAAGGGGAUAAAGGUCACUCCGAUCAAUCCCCAUGUGAACUGAUUGAUUUUAUUCGUCAGACAUGUCCUUGCUGUCACGAAAAAGCUACAUGCCCUGCAUACCCAACAGAACUGGUCUUAGCUUUAGAUAUGGCCAAUGGUAUGACACCAGAAAUAUUCACAAGGAUGACAGAGAUGGUCACAUCACUUCUGAGCAACAUUGCAAUCAGAGGAAGCAACUGCCCCGUGGGGGCGAGAGUGGCAGUGGUGUCCUACAACACACAUACCAAACAUCUGAUACGCUUUUCUGAUUUCCACAACCAAAACCAGCUGUUAUCAGCUGUGAAGAACAUACCUUUGGAAAGCUCUGGACGGCGUGACAUCGGAAACUGUAUGAGGUUUGUGGGCAGGAACAUAUUCAAGAGAUCUGUCCAGGGAGCCACUGUAAGAAGGAUUGCAGUGUUUUUCAGCAAUGGUCCUUCUGAAGAUGUUGUUGCCAUAAACACAGCGGUGAUGGAAUACAGUGCUCUUGGGAUUAUACCGGCAGUUAUCGCAUUCAGCGCUGCACCUGCUAUCAAACGGGCCUUUUCGGUGGAUGAUACAGGAACUUUUAAAUACAUUGAUAUUCCACUAAGUGCUGAUUAUAAACCAUUAUUACAAACACUACAGACCUGCACCCUUUGUUUUGAUAGAUGUAAACCAAAUCCUCAAUGUGUGAACAGACCUUUACUCCAGAGGCCUUCUAUGGACAUAGCAUUUCUGCUGGAUAGCUCAUACAACAUGAAGCAAGAUAACUUUGCAGCAGCAAAGGGGUUAAUCAGUACAAUGGUUGACAGGCUUGAUGUCUCAAGUUCUGGUGACCGGGUGGCUCUAGUAAGCAACAUACCUCCUAACUUUAGGCAAAAUAGUGAAGAAAACCCUCAUGUUGAGUUUGAUUUAUCAACUUAUAAUAACAAUAUGCUCAUUAAGAAGCACCUUUUGAGUGUCAGUCACCUGCAAGGUCCACCUGCUCUUGGCUAUAGCUUGCAGUGGACAAUUGAGAACAUCAUGUCUAAGGUAUCAAAUGCAAGAAAGUACAAGGCUAUCAUCCUAAUAUUAUCUGGAGAGACAAGUGGGUGGGACAAACACGCACUUGCCCAAGCUUCCCUAAACACCAAGUGUCAAGGGUAUCCAUUAUUUGUGCUGUACAUAGGAAAAACAUAUAAUGAUACUGAAUUAAUGGAUCUUCCCAGCAUUCCUGUGGACCAUCACCUGCUCCAUAUUGGCAGAAUUCACAAACCAGAGUUUGGAUAUGCUCUUGGAUUCAUGCAUUCUUUUUUGAAUUCCAUAAGACGGUCAAUAAAUAAAUAUCCACCACCAGAACUGAAAUCGAAAUGUUCUGCUGUUGGCAGUCCCCGGGGUAAAAGGCUGUCAUCAUUUGAAGAUGAGCUUGGAACCGAAUUGCCACCUCAUGCAUCAAUAAACUUGAUGGCCAAAGAUGAAAGUGCUGACUUUAAUACCAUGGAGCCUCUUUUGUCAUUGACUGUUGAUUCAGUGAGCUCUCAUACUGAACAUGAAUUGUUCAAUCAUUCUGGUAAGCGAAAAGAAAGGUGAAUGUCUACUGGAAUAUGCACAAAACAAAUUAUGAAGAAACAUGAAACAGGUUAGGCAAAAGGUGCCAUAGGACAUCAUGAU